AUGUUGUUGAGGGGGAAGACGGUUUCUAAAAAAACGGGGAAAAGUUUUUGUUCCUUGCUGUUUUUCUUGCUGUUGAUAGCAGAAUCGCAGAUGGUUUACGUGAGUAAAAAAUGUAACAAAGAGAAUCAUGAAAAUCUACCUGAUGUGAAAGGUAUUUGUAAACCUUCAUCACCACAAAAAAUUCCUGGAAUCAUCCAUGCCAAAAAUCUGCAAGAGCAUUUUGCAACAUUUGAAGCAAAAUAA